GGACUCAACGGUCCCUUCUCUCUCUACAAAGUUCCCACUCAAACAAAAACAAGAAAAAAAAAAACACACUCUCUUCUCUCUCUCGUUUUUUUUCUCUCUCUGCAAUGUAGUUCGCCGGAGAUGGCAAACUUCCACCGUAACAACGUCGAGAACGUGGUCCUUGGCCACCACCGUUCCAAGAGCACCUCCGUCGCCGGUGGCCACUUCCGCCUAUGGCACUCCCUCUCCACCACCUCCUUCCGCCGCCUGGUCUUCAAUGCCGUCAGCUGCGGCGCCAGCUCCCGCUACGCCGAGAGAUCGGACACGUCCUCCGAGAGACACUACCACCAACCGAAACAACAGCACCGGCACAAGACGAAGCCGAAUAACGCGAAGUCGGAGAAGCUCUCGGAUCUGCUGAACCUGGCCGAGGUCGAAGCUGACGCGGAAACGAAGAAGAAAGAGGACAAACUCGAGGAGCUGAAGAGCCUAGUGAAGGAGCUUCAUAAGGAAGAUGAGGAAGAGAAGGAAGAAGAAUCAAUGACGCGGAGAAGAGAAGCUGCUUCGAAAGUGAGGUUGCUAGCCAAAGAGGAUUUGGAAGUUAGAGGGACGCUCGCGAUGCUUGGAGCUAUUCCUCCUCUCGCCGCAAUGCUCGAUGAAUCCAAAAACGACGUCGAUUCGCUCGUUGCUUCUCUCUACGCGCUGCUCAACCUCGGAAUCGGAAACGACGCGAAUAAAGCAGCUAUUGUGAAAGUUGGGUCAGUUGAGAAGAUGCUGAAGCUGAUUGAAUCUCCAGAUGGUCUAGAUUCUUCGGUUUCUGAAGCAAUUGUUGCGAAUUUCCUUGGACUUAGUGCGUUGGAUUCGAAUAAGCCCAUAAUUGGGUCUUCGGCUUCAAUUUCUUUCUUAGUUAGAACCCUUCAGAGUUUAGAUGACAAGAGUAGUCCCCAAGCCAAGCAAGAUGCUUUACGGGCAUUGUACAAUCUUUCGAUCUACCCAGCCAAUGUUGCAUUUGUUUUGGAAACAACUUUGGUUCUGUUUCUGGUGAAUUCAAUAGGGGACAUGGAGGUAACUGAAAGAGCCCUUGCGAUUCUCAGCAACUUGGUGUCGACCCGAGAGGGUAGAAAGGCGAUUAGUGCAGUGCAAGAUUCGAUUCCGAUCCUGGUGGAUGUGUUGAAUUGGACAGAUUCACCAGAAUGCCAGGAGAAGGCGUCCUACAUUUUGAUGGUUAUGGCACACAGGUCUUAUGGGGACAAACAGGCCAUGAUUGAGGCAGGGAUUGCGUCAUCACUGCUUGAGUUGUCCCUUUUGGGUACCACAUUAGCUCAGAAAAGGGCAUCAAGGAUACUAGAAAUUUUGAGGGUAGACAAAGGGAAACAGAUUUCUGGGAGCUAUGGCUUGGGUGCUGCUGUCUCUGCCCCUAUUAGCGGCUCUUCGUCCGCGAAGCCGGACGACGGAGGGAGGGAGUGUUUUGACGAGGAGGAAGAUAUGAUGAGUGAGGAGAAGAAAGCAGUGAAGCAACUAGUCCAACAGAGUUUGCAGAACAACAUGAGGAAAAUUGUAAAAAGGGCCAAUUUGCCUCACGAUAUUGUGCCAUCGGAUCAUUUUAAGUCACUCACCUCAAGUUCUACUUCAAAGAGCCUACCAUUUUGAAGAAUUGCAGCAGGGAAGAGAGUCAAGGUUAAAGAGAAUAAACCUUGAAGUGAAGUUAGUGUUCAAAUCAUAGUUUUGUUGAAUAUUGAUAUUUUAGGUUGUAGUUAAUUGCUAGAUCUGCAAAAGUAGCAAUUGCAUGUCAAAAUCUUGAUAUAUAAUUAUAAAUUUAAAUUCCUUUUGAAAUUGCAUCCUUUUAUGGUAUGUUCUUCAGAUCUUACAUCUAUGCGAGUAAACCCAGUGUUUUUAAACUAAAAAGGAGACCCUCCAAACUAUAUAAAUGGACAAUUAUCACGGUGCUACAUAAGUUGUAUGAUGGAGUGCCUCCCAAUCAGGGGUAUGAUCUGCAAAAUUGGCUAAUCUUAGGGUUGCUUCAGACAGACCAUCGUUACAAGCAUCCCUACCUUCAAGGAGUCACUUUCAAACCACAGUACAUGUUUGUCUCCCUGCUGGCCCCUACCAUAUGUUUUAUAUAAAUUAAUCUUACUGGAUAAGUGGAAAGUGUGGUCAUCUUUUUCGUAUUUUUAUAUAUACAAACAGGGACUAUUCACAGUAGUUCUCUAUUUGAGAAUCUUUAUCCUGUUAGUUUGUCAAUUUCAUGUGUUUGGUUAUUUCAGGAAUCUUUGGAUUAAGAGUUGAAUAUAAGUUGUUCUUUGUUGUCA